AUGGACGCAUCAUCAUCACUCGAGCAAGCCGACCUCGACAAGCUCAACGACAAGGACAAGAGCGAGCUGCGCCAGUUCAUCUCAAACGAGCAGCAAAGGACACGGAUACAAUCCCAAACCCAUGCCCUGACAGAUGUCUGCUGGAAGAAGUGCGUAUCCGGUACAAUCCGCAACGGAAAGCUCGACAAAAGCGAGGAGGGCUGCUUGGCCAGCUGCGUAGACCGGUUCCUAGACGUCAACCUAUUGACGAUGAAGCACCUUCAAAGCAUGCGACAGGGUUAA